AUGUUGGUGAACUACUUGAGAGAUGAUUUACGCUUCAAAACGUACUUAGCUGCAAAAGGGGAAGCGGAUCAUUACGCGAGAGAGAUGAAACGAGAACAAGAAGAGAUCGUGACCGUUCCUGAGACCGAGGCAGCUGAGGUGGCAGGGAUUCUGGCACAGUACGGAAUAGAGCCACAUGAAUAUUCACCUGUGGUUAAUUCUCUUCGUAAGAAUCCUCAAGCUUGGCUUGAGUUUAUGAUGAGGUUCGAGCUGGGACUAGAGAAGCCUGAGCCAAAAAGAGCGUUCCAAAGCGCGUUCACAAUCGCAAUCGCUUACGUUCUUGGUGGUUUAGUACCGCUACUCCCUUACAUGUUUAUACCGCAGGCCAUGGACGCGGUAGUGGCAUCCGUGGUUAUCACUCUGAUCGCUCUUUUUGUAUUCGGUUAUGGAAAAGGGCGUUUCACAGAUAGCAAACCGGUUAAAAGUGCGUUUGAAACCGCUUUUAUAGGAGCGAUAGCCUCAGCCGUUGCGUACUCUUUGGCUAAACUGGUGCAACAUUAG